AUGACGACCAGCAAAGAAAACGACCGUGCCACAGAGGGAGUUCCACACAACGAAAUCGACGUAACCGAGACGAAUGACCUCCGCAUCCAGCUCUCGAUCGAUCACGGCCAGGCCUUGACCUCGCAAACCUACAACGCCUCUAUCAGUGCCAACCGUGGCCAAUCUUUCACCGAUAGCACGAAGCAGUGCGCUGCGCCUGCUCGCAUGUGGUUAGUAGACGGUGCAUUAUGGGAGCGCGAGAUUAUUUCUAACGUCAUAUCAGGCAGUGUGGACAAUGUCAUACCUAUUAGCGUCAACAACGACGCCUCUGGCGUCGACGAUCUUGUCAAGAUUCUGGCGUUUAGGAGUGAGCUGGCGAGAUUGGCGAGGAAGUUUGGACAUGCGGCUUGA